AUGAUUCUCAUCACCAUUGGAGUUUUGGCCCUACAGGGCGGCUUCAUCGAACACAUCAACCUCGUGCGCAAAGCCGCAGAGCAACUCAGACUCCAUGUUGACGCCAUCGAGGUGCGAACCGCCCAGGAACUCGCCAGAUGCGAUGGUCUCAUUAUCCCCGGUGGCGAGAGCACCACCAUUUCAUUUGUCGCCGCUCAAUCUGGUCUACUUGAACCUCUAAGAGACUAUGUCAAGGUCCAAAAGAAACCUGUCUGGGGAACAUGCGCAGGCCUCAUCCUCCUCUCCAACGAAGCAAAUGCCACUAAGAAGGGUGGCCAGGAGCUCAUCGGCGGUUUGGGAGUCCGCGUCCACCGCAACCACUUUGGUCGCCAGAUCGAAAGCUUCGAGUCUAACAUGGACUUGCCGUUCCUUGGUGAGGGCGCCGCUCCCUUCCCAGGCGUGUUUAUUCGUGCCCCUGUGGUGGAGGAGGUGCUCAAGGGUUCAGGGGAGGAUGUUCAGGUCCUGGCCAAGUUGCCGGGCCGUGUGAACAAGAUGAAGGCUGGUGUGUCGCAGGCCAAUACCAAGGAUGACUCAGGAGACAUCAUUGCCGUGAAGCAGGGCAAUGUUCUGGGGACGAGCUUCCACCCCGAGUUGACGACUGAUGCCCGCAUUCACGCGUGGUGGUUGAAGAGUAUCUUGGGACAAUAA